AUGCUGCUGGCUUUUCUCUUCAUUUAUGCCGUAUUAGUUUCAUGUGCCGAGGAAGAUAUCUAUCAUCCUGCGUCAGAUCUAAGCGAUAUCGCUCCAUUUUUGCCUCGUGCAAUUCUCUAUUACUGUUACAAAUUCCCUCUUCGCGAUGACGGCUCACUUCAAGCUUUUGACGAACAUAAGGAUGAGCGUGGGUUAGUUUUCUUCUUGUGA